UAUCGCCUGUUACUUGCUCGCGCCCUCGUCAUCCCUCCCCUUUUUCUCGCGCCCCCUGCGCCAUGUUCCCGCAACUUCCCAGUUGAGAUGAGUGCCUGCUCGGCACGCGACUUUGUGGCCGCCCACGCCAAAUCCGCUGCCAAACUACCGCCUUGGCCGUGGAGCAGGCGUUCCAUCCGUCGCCGUCGCCGCAGCCGCAGUCUUUCUUUGCAUGUCUUCUUCUCUACUUGCAUAUAUAGGCGCCAUCCACCACCGGAUGCUGAUGACGGUGUGCUGCUGCACAGUGCAUGGCUGCUUUAUUGUUAUCGUGAUUAUCCCCCCUCGUGUGGGGCGCUUCGUCCACAGGUCCAAGUGCGAUACUUGCAUCCAUUCAUUGCGCAACAUUCCCGUUACGACGCUCCCCAACAGAUUAAAGCCAUCUCAUCUGUUCACCAAGUUACACGACGUAUAACGAAUCAACCAUCCAUCUACCUGCCGUCACACAUACGCAAGCAAGCAAACAAACAAACAAACUCACCAUUCACUUCCACAAACACUGCCAACAUGCUCAACUCCAUUCACGUCCUGGUUGUGCGCGAUGAGAAGAAGGGUGGUCUCGACGCUUCAACCACAAUUGGCCUCGUAGUGUCCCUUGUCGUGCUUUUGAUCUUGGCAAUGGUAUCGGUUGUCGCGCUGCUAUUUUUGAGGAGGAUGCGCAAGGCCAACAAGGAGAGUGAGCCAAAGCUUCCUUUGUACGAGAAGAGAAAAUCCGGUCACCGCCGAUUGACCAUCACCGCCGCACCAUUUGGCAAGGGUCGCGAGUCCAUAGUCGUCUACCAGGAAAAGCAAGAUCUGGUCGCCAACUCAUCAAGCCCUCCAGCCAGCCCGGUUCCGGAGAUCCGCAUCACUUUCCCCGACGAGGUGGACGAGAGUGGAAAACGCCAAUCGGGUCGUGUCGUUGUUGUCAAAGUCGGGGAGCAUAGCGUGGGUUUGGAGCCUUUGCAGGAGGAACUUCCACCCUACCAACGCGAUUCAUCAGAUCGAUUCGACUCGCUUGACCUCGACCGUAUCGGCGGGCUAAAGGAAAAGAACAGCAAGGACCAGUACUGCUAG